UGCCUUGAUCUUAUAAUAAUCUACUUUUAUUUUAAUAAACUCACACAUGCACACAAUUGAAAAUAAGGAAAACUUCGUUUCAUCAGUCACCGGAAGAAUUAACUUUAUGUGUUCCCAGCAUGCAUUACGUUUUUCGUCCUCAGAAGAAGUCGUGUCAAACACCAUGGCCCGUGAUUUAAAGUGUAAAGUGUACGUUGGAGACCUAGGGUAUGGAGCAGCGAAGGAAGAAUUAGAAGAAAAAUUUUCCAAAUACGGACCUUUACGCAGUGUCUGGGUUGCGAGAAAACCCCCAGGAUUUGCGUUUGUGGAAUUCGAAGACAGUCGUGAUGCUGCUGAUGCUGUCAGGGCGUUAGAUGGAACGCGCAUAAAUGGUGGCAGAGUACGAGUGGAACUAUCAAGUGGCAAGCGACGAUCAGAUCGAAGAAGUCCUCCUAGGAAUAAAGGUGGCAGCAGCGGUGGUGGUGGUGGCGGAGGUAGUUUUGGUGCUAGAGGCCGUGGAAGUCCAUCUUAUGAUGACUACCGUUUGCCCAGAAGGUCAAGGUCUGCAUCACCUCGUCGCUCAGCUCGCCGUAGAAGUGAAUCUGGGUCCCCCUUUCGCAGACGUCGUAGCAGGAGCAGGAGCUGAGCCAGUUUACCAGUUCUGUGAGAGCUGCUGACACUAAAGACCUUUCUUGUGUAGAGUGGAGAGCGCUGUUAGAAUCAAAUACUGAACAUUUAUCUUGAACAAUUUCUUCAUAAACACUAUUUGGAGAUGACUUCAGGUAAUUCAACAGCGUCACAUGUUCAUGUCUUUCAAGCUUUGGACACCACUGUAAUGACUACAUUGCCUUGGACUCUAGUGUAUGUGAAGAAGCUGAACAUUUUAAAACUCAUCUUGUGUUUUUAUCUUUUUCUUUUUCCUAAUUCCCAACUACCCUUCUCUUUUUUUUUAAAAAAAAAACUGACAUCAAGUUGUCUUGAUUUAAGGACCAAAUUCUCAGUGGCACAGGUAUUUCCCCUUAGUUCUUCAGCUUAACUGUUCAGUUAGGAUGUACUGACAUUGUCAGAAUGAAUAAGCUGCUAACAGACUUCUGUUAUGUUGCACUGCCAUUAGUUUGUCAUAAAAAUUUGAUCUCUUUCUGAAAUGCAUUGUGUUCUUUGCUGGUGAAAUGUAGGCAGCAAAAGCCAGGAAGAUUUCUGUACUAGCUGCUCAAUAAAUAGUUUUGAUGUAGUAGAAACCAGUUUUUCCACAUGCAAGAGUGCCAACAGAAGCUCUCAUUCUGAUGUAUUUGCUGCAUCUCACAAAUUCAGCCAGACGUUGGGAAUAAGUAUGUUGAAUACCACUCACUCCUCAUAAAAUAAAUAAGUUUGGAAUCAGUUUAGUGCGAAAUCCACUGUUACCAAUGUGAUGAAACGAGGCGGGGUAGAGGGAUGGGGCUACCAUCCGAGGGGAAAGGGGGUCACUUUAGUCGGCUCGCUCCACCCCACUUUCUCCCUCACACUCAGUCACCCGCCUGUUCAUACGUCCGAACGCGUACUAACAGUCGCACUCACCAACACCAACUGACAAGACAGUUGUACAGAUUAUAUAAUUAUAAAAAAGAAAAGCAAAUUAGGUUGACAUGAAAAUAGUUACAGAAUAAUGGAUUUAGAAGAUAAUUUGGUCUUACGUCAGUAUCUGCACAUAUGUCCGGACAUGCGGUCCGUCCCUGACCCACAAUUCAGUCUUGGCAUAUAGUAGGUCUUCCUCGAACACGAACUGUCCCCUUUCGUUGGCACUGUUAGCACCGCUCGGCUACCUUGCCCUUGGUUCUUGAAGGGGGGUACAGCUGGCUGAAAACACUCUGCCUACUCAAAGAUUUCCUGCCGCUGCCUCACAACAGUUGCCCUCGGCAGUGGACUGCAGCGACGAUUCUCAGAGGUGGAAAUAUCUUGUCUGCUGUUCUCUGAAGAAAACCACAACUGGACUGGUGGCACGGUGGGGUCUACCAGCCGCUGCCUCGCUCGUCUUGCUGCCGGAAUCCAGUUGGUUUCGUCUCUUGUGGUUUGGGAGAAUCAGCCCCGUAUUUGUACCACACUCUUCUCUAUGCAACCAGACCGCAAGUGCCAGCAGGUAGUGAUACGUUCUAAACGGAACGGGCUUCCCUUUCUCAGACCUGCUGCCUGCGACUGAAAGAUCACUCAGAGAGCGACGUCUCUGCUGGAACACGAGGGAAAAAGCCCCGCUACACAUCUACCCUAAACUAUAUACUAAUAAAACACGUGACUUCUCGCCACCGAAUCCACCCGGCCCUGACGCUAUCGCUCUAACACUAAGAGAACUACUGCCUACUGCGCUAUUCCCCUAACUGCUCCAUCUUACACCCCCAACCCUGGGCCUCGAUCGCCUCCAUAAGUCAAGGCGGUCUGGUGUCCGUUUCCUCUGAUCGUCGCCCACCUAUAAUUACCUACUCCUCUUCGGCCCUGUUGUCCUGGCUUGAACCCGGCGGGUUCAUGACAACCAAAAAGUUUUCUUUUGUUUAAAAAUCUUUAAUGUGAAAGUGCGACAUGACAUUCAGAUAUGCUGUACAAGGGUAUGUACAUGUAUCACUGGGAAAGAUUUUGGUUCAUUUUUAUUGGAAUAAUUAUUAUGUACAGUGAUAGUUGUGACUGCUGUUAAUGUGUGAAAAGAUAAAGCUGAUUAAUAUUCUCUGAUACCAUCUUUGUAAAAGUUGAUGCAUGUAAACUUUUUAAAAGUCACUUGCAUGAGUAAAUUUGUAAUAGAUCAGUUUGUUUUAACCAUGUAAACAUAAACAUCGGUGGAAGAAAAUUGCA